ACGACGACGACGACGACGACGUAUGAUAAGCCCGCGCGCGCGAAAAGGGGUUGGCCGAGCUGCCGCGACAACGAGUCUCAGGAAUCGCAAAUAUUAUGAACAAGUCGCGCAGGCGCCGGCCCGAUCAAUAGGGGGUAGUUAGCUGUGGCUGGCUGGCAGCAGCAGCAGCAGCAGCAGAGUCACUCCGCCGAAGAGAGAGUGAGAGAGUGCACGACGCUCUGCAGCCCCCGCAGAAGGCAGCACAGUGUGGCUCGGUGUGUAUAUGCGUGACUCGUGUGUAAUAUAACGGGGCGGGCAGCAGCAGCAGCAGCAGCAGCAGUUGUGUGCCGCCGGGCGCCCCUCGUCGUCGACUUCCUCGUUCCAUCGUCGUCGUCGUGUGGUGUUGUGUGUUGUUCGUUUUUUCUUUUUCGUUCGGAAGGGGUUGACGAAAAAAAAAUUGUCACAAAGGUGUCGACGACGACACGGGGGAGUGCUUCAUAGUGUACUCGAAUAAUUGUUGAUCGACGAGGAAGAGUGAGCCAAGGCACACGCACGCACGCGUGCUGCUGGUGGUGUGGACAAGAUGCAGCAGCCGCCGCCGAGAAAAGUUCAAUACGCAAAAUUUCUAAAAAAUGUCCAUUCGGAGCAAUCUGCCAAGCUCCUGGCCAAGAAUCAACACGAGUGCGAUCUCCUGGAGGACAUUCGCUCGUUCACGCAUAAAAAGGCUGCGAUAGAGAAGUCCUACGCCGAGGCGUUGCUGAAGAUCUCCUCGGCCUAUCUCAACAAGAAGAUACCCAAUAUACCGGACAUCAAGACCGAUGCCGCGGACGAUCGCUGGAACAUGUGGAACGUCUGGCGCACCGUCCUCGAGGAGAACGAGAAACUCGCCCGGGCCCGCCUGGCGGCCUGCGAGGUGUUCCAGACGCAGAUAGCCGACGAGGCCAAGAGCCUGAAGCACAACAAGGUGGCGAUCGCCAAGAAAUCGGUGGACAAUCUGUGCAUCGUCCAGAAGGAGCUGCAGGCCUGCGUGCAGGACGUCGACAAGACGAAGAAGCUGUACUUCGACGAGGAGCACAGCGCGCACGACGUGCGAGACAAGGCCAAGGACAUCGAGGAGAAGCUGAAGAAGAAGAAGGGCUCGUUCUUCCAGUCGAUCACCUCGCUGCAGAAGAACAGCGCCAAGGUGACGUCGAAGCGCGACGCCCUCGAGGAGAAGUCCACGGGGGCGCGCAACGACUAUCUGCUGGCACUGGCGGCCGCCAACGCCCAUCAGAAUCGCUACUUCGUCGUCGAUCUGCAGCAGACCAUGCUCUACAUGGAGCAAGGCGUGUACGACAAGGUGGCCGAGUACCUGUCGAUCAUGGGCCGCACCGAGCUUCUGACCUGCCUCGCCAUGCAGAACAGCUUCGGCAUCAUACGCGACCAGGCGCAGCAGCUCACGCGCGAGUACAACAUCCAGUGCUGCUGCCUCUACUAUCCGGUCCUCAAGCAGCACAUACAGUACGAGUUCGAGCCGUGCGAUCACGACCAGGUGGAUCGCAUCACGGUGGAUCACGCCGCCGCCCAGACCCUGACCAAGGAGGCCAAACGCUGGGCUCAGCGCAUCGCCCGCGAGAUCAGCACGUUCAAGGAGUCCGGGCGCAAGCUCCAGGCGCUGGUGCAGCUGCGCGACUCGGGCCAGAAGACCGAUCCCAACGAUCCGAACGGGCCCGAUCUCGAGACCAAGAUCGAGGAGCUGAAGCAGACGAUGCGACGCGCCGAGACCGCCAAGAUGAAGGCCGAGGCGCGCAUCGAGUGUCUGCGCCGGGGCGGCGUCAACGUCGACGAGUUCCUGCAGGAGGUCGAGUCGCUCUCUGUGCAGGACCUGCCGCGCUCCGCGAGCUCGCUCUCGAUGCACACCGAUCACUCGGGCAACGCCGACGGCCAGCCGUCCUCGGACUCGUUCUACGACAGCGAUCAGGACGGGGCGGGCAGCGACCUCACCACCGUCGAGAGGCCAGGCGGACAGCAUCAGAGGGUCGACUCGGCCCAGAGCCAUCAUCGCCGCGAGCAGAGGGAGGACGAGGACUCGGGCGGCGACGAGAGACGCCGACUCGACAGCGCCGAGGUCGACGGUGCGAGGAAUUACCGAGACGCAGCACUGCUGGAGCAAGAGAAGCAGCGAAUCGACGAGAUCACGGCCGGCUGGGACGAUCCGACCUCGGCCGACUGGGGCCACGACGACUCCUCGGCCGCCGAGGUCGCCGAGGUGCACGCCCCGGCCGACGGCGGCAGACAAUCAGCCGGAGACACGGCCGAGAGCAGCCAGCAUCAGAACAUUUACAAGUGCACGGCCCUGUACUCGUACACGGCGCAGAAUCCGGACGAGCUGUCGAUCGUCGAGAGCGAGCAGCUGGAGGUGGUGGGCGAGGGCGACGGCGACGGCUGGCUGAGGGCGCGCAACUACCGGGGCGAGGAGGGCUACGUGCCCCAGAACUAUCUGGACGUGGAGCGCGAGCCCGAGCCCCAGGGCCAGGACGGCUUCGGCGCCGGCGACGGUGGCUUGGGUGGCGGCCUCGUGACCCAUCCCACCGGCCUCACUCAGCAGAUAUCGUUCUCCUCGGUGGACUACACCAUCGACGAUCACGACGCCGUCGAUCCGGACGCUCAUCUGCGCGAGCAGCAGGAGCUGGAGCAGCAAAGACGUCGGAUCGAGCAGGAACAGCAGCAGCAGCAAAAACAGUCACAGCCGCAGCAGCAAGUGCAUAAUCACGUGCAGCAGCAGGUGAAAAAGCAACAGCAGCAGCAAGACGGGCCGCAGUACUGCAUGGCCAUGUACGACUACGAGAAGACGAGCGAGGAGGAGCUGAGCUUCAUGGAGGGCGACGUCAUACUGAUAGUGAAGAAGGAGGGCGAGGACGUGGACGACGGCUGGUGGGAGGGCGAGCUCAACGACGUGCGCGGCGUCUUCCCCUGCAUCCUCGUCGAGGCCUGCACCGCGGACGGCACUCUCUUGUCCGACGGCGAGGAGGACGAGGAAGAACCGUUGACGCCGCCGAGCCUGACGGCGCCGCCCGCGCACACGCCACCCGAGGCACCGGACUUCAUUCUCAGCGAGGAGCUAGCCAGAUCCCUCAUGAAUGAAAUGAGAGAACGAGGAUACGUGAACGGCGAUCGGCCGGACAGCUUCAACAUCAACCUGUCGAACAAUCAGAAGGAGCAGUACGGCCAGCAGUUCGGCGAGGACAAGUCCCAGGCGCCGGGGAUCGUUAUUGACGAAGCUCCGGAUCAACCAAACAGUUCGGAUGAAGAAGAGGAGGAGGAAGACGAGGAACCCGAGGGCGUAAAGGCAGCGCGGGAGGCGAAGAAAAAGACCGCCGCUGCGGCGGAGGCCGACGACGACGCUCUCGGCGUGGCGCAGAUCGUCAUUACGGCGGCUACGCCCAUGGAGGAGAUCGAACGGCCCUUCCCAGGCGAGGAGUCGAACAACAACAACAAUAACAACAAUAACAACAACAACAACGACGAGCACGACGCGGAGCAAGAGGCAGAGCCUCAGCAGCAGCAGCAGCAGCAGGAGCCAGAAAAGCCGCCGAAGGACCCGUCGCCGGCCGAGGAGUGUCGCCGGAGCCUCCUGGAGCGGGACGACGACGAGGAGUCGGAGGACGACGAGAAGCCGGACGACCCGCAGCCGACGGACUCGGCCCCCUUCCCAGUGAGUAGCUCGUCGGGUAGCGACGCCGGCGGAGAUUCGGGCCCCAGUACCGGUGAUAAUUCCCAAUGUUUGCCUGCGCGUGCACAGACGAUGACGAUGAAGACGACGACGCAGACGGCCACAGCCACGACGACCGCGACGACGACGACGACGUCGACAGUGACGACGACGCACCAACAGCAGCAGCGCCAGGAGAGCCUCGAAGAUGAGACGUCGGAGUCGUCGUCGCCGCCGCCGGACGGCGCGGCCAAGAUGCUCGUGGGCGGCCGUCGCAGCAUACCCGACGAGCUGCAGCCCGACCAGCUGCAGGCACUGCAGUCGCUCAAGGAGUCGAACGCCUAGGGCUGACUAAACCUCGGCGUCAUGCUCGUCGUCAUCAUCAUCCUCGUUAUCAAUCUGAUGCUGCUGACCAUCGACAGGAGACGUAGACGCUCGCCUACUGCCUUAAUCAAGGGCGCCGCCUGAGAGUAAUACAAUUAUACACUAUACUAAUUGCUACGAUACGGUGCGUGUGCAUAUUUAUCAAUUGUUAGAUUCGAACGAUCAUCCCUGCGUCCGUAUCGAUGUUUUGUUUUUUUUUUUUUUUUGAAUGUGUUGCAGCUGUGCGACGAGGACGAAGGGAAAGAAACAAACGAGAAGCAAAUCGAACGUUAUACAUAUUAGCGAAUAUAUUAGUUGGUUAUAUAUAUAUUGUAUUUAAUCGAGAGGCAAAGAGAAAAAACUGCGCGCUCGGAACCUACGCGAGGUGUGUGCGUGUGUAUGUAAUGAUAGCAAAAAUCAUUGAAAAAAAUGACAAAAAAAAUGAGGAAGAAGAAGAAGAAGAAGAAGGGAAUGAAAAAUCUAAAGCAGCAACGACACUGUCGCGCAUCUCUCAUGAAACCAAAAAUAUCAUUAACAAAAAAAUAAAAUAAAAAGUAAAAUAAGCAACAUUUGCUAGGCGUGUUUGUGUCAUAUAAUGUAAUAACGUGUAUCAAGCCUGUAUAUCUCAGACUUUCUCUCUCGCCCACUCUCUAUCUCUCUAAUCUAAAGCUCUAAACUUUACCUCACGUUUAAUCACCAAACAAUUCACCAUUGUAUUAUCCUCAUUAAUCAUUCAUCAUGUUUCCAUUCAACCCACCAAUUUUAGCUAAAAUGGAUUGAAUAUUUAUAGAAACAGAUAGAAAGCCAAUAAGUAAAAA